CUUCUUCCUCUAUCGGAGAAUUAAAGAAAUACCUGAGAUAUAAAGGGGGACAACUUCAUAUCGAGAGCAACGUACAUCAUGUAAACGGGCACUGACUGAUUCCAUGUGACGAACGAGAAUAUCACAUGUAAUUGGCAUCAAAGCAUUAUUUCCAUCAGAUAACAUCAUCAAUAUUCAUCACCUUUUAAAGACUGAAAGAAAAUAUUGUACAGAAGAGAUUUAAGAACUCCAGAGAAUUCCAGUGAAAUAUUUCUUCUCAACUGAGACUGAUUGCAACGCUUCUCUUGUGAAAUGUUUGGAAUGUCUUCAAGAUUAUUUUGUACUGAAGUUAAACUUGGAUAAUUUUAAAAGGAAUCUCAGAGUAUUUUCAGAUAUCAAAAAGGAUUACAGUUGAUGGAAAGGAAGCUGUAGCAGUAUUUGUUAGGAAUAAUCUGUACGACAAGAACAAAAUCUAUAUCCACAUAUGUUGUGGUGAUUGAAGUAAGAUAAUGGACAAACUGAUUAUAUAGGACUAGUUGAAGAAUACAUUUUUAUUCCAGAGAGAUGUCACAAAAGAAACUAGAAUCAGUAUUUCACUGCGAUAUCUGUAAAAAAUCUUUCUCUUACAAACAUAACCUAACUGCUCACAAACGUGUUCAUACAGGAGAGAAACCAUUUCACUGCAAUAUCUGUGGUAAAUCAUUCUCUCAAAUUAGUAACUUAACAACUCACAAAGGUAUUCAUACAGGGGAGAAAACAUAUUACUGUGAUAUCUGUGGCAAAUCAUUCUCUCUAAAUAGCAGCUUAACUCGGCACAAACGCAUUCAUACAGGAGAGAAACCUUAUCAUUGUGAUAUCUGUGGUAAAUCUUUUUCUGUAAGUAGCCAUUUAACUGAUCACAAACGUGUUCAUACAGGAGAGAAGCCAUUUCACUGUGAUAUCUGUGGUCAAUCAUUCUCUCGAAAUGAUACUCUAACAUCUCACAAACGUGUUCAUACAGAAGAGAAGCCAUUUCACUGUGAUAUCUGUGGUAAAUCAUUCUCUCAUAGUAGUCACCUGACUACACACAUACGUAUUCAUACAGGAGAGAGGCCAUUUCACUGUGAUGUUUGUGGUAAAUCAUUCUCUGAAGGGGGUCAUUUAACAACUCACAGACGCAUUCAUACUGGGGAGAAGCCAUACUGCUGUGAUAUCUGUGGUAAACAAUUCUCUCGAAGUAGCGUUAUAAUUCUUCACAAACGCAUUCAUACAGGGGAGAAGCCAUUUCACUGCGAUAUCUGUGGCAAAGCAUUCUCCUACAGAAGUGUUUUCAUUAAUCACAAACGUAUUCAUUCAGGAGAAAAGCCAUAUCAUUGUCAAAUCUGUGGUAAAUCAUUCUCUGAAAACAGUAACUUAACUAGACACAAACUUGUUCACACAGGACAGAAUGCAUUUCACUGUGAUAUAUGUGGUAAAGUCUUCUCUGUAGCAAGACACUUAACAACACACAAAUAUAUUCAUAUGGGAGAAUAACAAUAUCAUUGUCACAUGUCUGGUAAAUCAUUCUCUCAAAGCAGUUACUUAACUAAACAUAUAUCUAUCCAUACAAAAGUGUGAGUGUUUUACUAUCAAACUGCAUUACAUCUUACAACAACAACCAAUAUUUUCAAACCAUUUUCCCUGAUAAAUCAUGGGUUAGUCCUGUGAACUUUACAAUAAUCCAUAAACUUUUGACAAAUUAUACUCAUCAGUCCUUUGAGGAAUUAUUUUGUAGCCAAAUAAUCUCUGUUUGCUCAGUCUUUUAAUAACGUUUUACAACAUAGAAGGGUACAUUUAUUCUAAAACUCUAGACAAAUACAAUGUGAAAAUUGUUUCUAAAAAAUUGUGUCUUAUGUAACCAUAAAUAAAAACAUCUUUCAUU